AUGCGCCUCUUGGAAUUCCUCAGCCGCCUGGGCUGCCUGCAUCUGCUCCCAUCGCUCCUGCUCCUGCUGACGGGCAGCAUGACGUCGAAGAAAAAGACCGUCAACAUGUCGGACGCCCUCACCUGGCAGAUUGUUAAGAAGAACAACCGUUACAUCAACCGUAACGGUACCGGCGACCGCCGCUACUUCAGCACUGAGGAGACCAACAUCACCAAGUUGCACAGCUUCCGUGCCAGCGGUCUCGCCAACUCCAAGGCUUUUGGUGUUCGCCCCAUUGCCGGCGCCAAGGGUGUUGAGAUUGUGGCCAAGAACCCCAAGUAUGCUUCUCAGCCCAAGAAGAACGUGUACACUGUCAAGCUGACCAAGGGUGCCCGUGCCUCCAUGCGCUCCGUCAAGGGCCUGGCUGCCACCAGCUACUACCGCCCCGACCUGUCCAAGGCUGCCCAGAAGCGCGUGGCCCAGAUUGUCCGAUCCCAGAAGGCUCAGGUUGUCUGCAUAUUCAUGUUGUGGCUGGCUUUGAGCGGCCGAGCUGGGCUCCUCACCUACCGCAACCGCUACCGCUUCACUCUGAAGAAUAUGAUUCAAAGAGAAGAGAGAGAGACGAAACAAAGGGUAAAUAUGAGAGAGCGGGAGCUAUCGCAUCCACAUAAAACUGUACACGGAUCAGAGAAGACACCAAAUUCAUGUUCCAUCUCAGAGAACAUCCAUCACCAAGCUCAAACAGCGAGAGAGAGAGUAAGAAAAGGUGUGUGUGUGUCUCUGUCUCUGUCUCUGUCUCUGUCUCUGUCUCUGUCUCUGUCUCUGUCUCUGUCUCUGUCUCUGUCUCUGUCUCUGUCUCUGUCUCUGUCUCUGUCUCUGUCUCUGUCUCUGUCUCUCUCUGUCUGUCUCUCUCUCUCUCUGUCUCUCUCUGUCUCUCUCUCUCUCUCUCCAGCCCCGGCUGCUCCAGCUCCGGCCGCCGCUGCCCCGGCUUCCGCAAAGAGUGACAACAAAAAUCCUGCUCGUCGGCGCGAGCAGCUCAUUCAGCUAGCUCCCGUCCAAGUCGACUCGGCCAAAACCAUCAGCACGCAAAAGCUCAUUGAACAGCAAGUCAAGGCCGCCGGGGUCUUUGAUAACAGCAGUGGCAUGCGGCGCGUCGAUCUGGCCAGCCUCGAACGCAAUGGCGUGGCUUCGGCUGGCCCUUCCGCCGUUUCUGCUCCAACGCCCGUCAUCACGCCCAUCGGCGGUGGUGCACCCGUGCCCACAGCCUCGGCCCCCGUCGCCGCCAACACCCCGGCCCCAGAGUUCCCGCCUGAAAUGUCGGACCACCCCGCCGUUGAGGCCCUGCGUGUCUCACGCCACUGUCUUGAGCAGGCUCAAGGAGCUUUGCAGGAGCGUUGGACUGCUGCCAAGGCUCACGUUGACAAGGAGUUUCAGCGCUUCACUCAAGCCGUCGUCGCACGCCACACCGCUCUGCUGCGCGAGAUCGACGACAAGAUGUUCCAAGAGUCGGCCCUCUUGGCCAAGCGACAGACAAUGCUGGGACGCUUGACGGUCGAGCUGCAAAGCUGCAUGAUUCGAGGUGUAGACCCAGAGCUGGCCCUGAAGCUCGAAAGCUUUCGUCAAACGAGUGAGGUCGACGUCGACCACUGGUUUGCGGACCGGGUCACGCUGGAUCUCAAGGAAGACGUCAAGAACGUGGGCCAAGCUGGGUCCAUCUACUCGGUCGUGAGCGCCCAACCCCCACCCGAGCAAUCGCGACGCAAGGCUCCUGCACGCAAGAAAGAGCUGAAGCUUGCCAUGCCCACCAAUCUGAUGAAUGGCCAGCCCAAGCCACAAGGGGCGGCAGCAAACUCGGGCAGCGCCAAUGGCGGUCGUGGUAACAGGAACAAGGGCAAGGGCAAGGGCAAGGGGUCGGACGCACCCGCCCCGGCAGGCAAGCAGGGCAAUCAAAAACAAGACAAGCCCAAGCAGGACAAGCCCAAGCAGGACAAGGUCGAGGGCGCCGGCAAGAACAACAAGGCAGCGGCAAACAAGAAAGCCGGCAAUAAUGAGAAAUCGGGCAAAUCCCAACAACAACAACAACAACAACAGCAACAGCAGCAAGGUGGCAAGAACACCAACAAGAAUCAAAAGAAGGAAAACAAGAGUGCUGAAGCCGAACAAACCAAAGCUCCUUCAACCGAGAGUACGGCCAAGCCACAGCCGCAGCGCGAGCCCCGACGCCGCCGCGAUCGCAACUCGCAGAAGAGCAGCGAUGUAGAGUCUGCAGACGCCGCCGCAGCGCCUGCCCCCAGCCAGAGUGUCGAAGCCUAACUAAUUUUUCUUUUCUUUUGAAGGAGUCUGUGGUUUUCCCAACCCCUUGCACUUCCCGAACCCGCAUCCACCACCCAGCUUGACGCCUGCCAGUCUCUGCCACUCUGUUCACCUUGAUGUGUUUCUCUGCUUUUUGACAAUAAUUCUUCUUUGACAUUGGCGGUUGCACACUUGCCGUCACUGGGAUGUCCCCAUCUUUUGACUUUUCUCCUGUCCCAGUUACAAAAGCCAACUCCUCCUUCUUUCCUUUAUUGUAUUUGUCCGUCGACCUGCACCCAAUCCACCCCUUUUCCG